GCACAAAGAGGUGGAAGUGCUGCGCCAGCAGAUAGACAAGCAUGAAAGAACCAAGCAAGACAUGGCCAUUGGGUACAAGCAAGAGCUGAAGAAGCUACAGGAAGAAUUAGGCAGACUGAAGAGAAGCUAUGAAAAGCUGCAGAGAAAGCAAAUAAGAGAAUUCAGAGGAAAUACCAAAAAUCAAAGGGAGGAUCGGUCUGAGAUUGAAAAACUAACUGGAAAAAUAGAGGAAUUUCGUCAGAAAUCGCUGGACUGGGAGAAGCAGCGCUUGAUUUAUCAGCAACAGGUAUCUUCUCUGGAAGCACAAAGGAAGGCUCUGGCUGAACAAUCGGAGAUAAUUCAGGCUCAGCUUGCCAAUAGGAAACAGAAAUUAGAGUCUGUGGAGCUGUCGAGCCAGUCAGAAAUUCAGCACCUGAACAGUAAACUUGAGCGAGCCAAGGACACCAUCUAUGCCAAUGAGUUGGAAAUUGAGCGCCUUAACAUGAGGGUCAACGACCUGACUGGAACCAAUAUGACCAUUCUGCAGGAGCAGCGGCAAAAGGAAGAAAAGUUGAGGGAAUCUGAAAAGUUAUUAGAGGCUCUGCAGGAAGAACAGAAAGAGUUGAAAGCAAAUCUUCAAUCUCAAGAAUAUUUCAUCCAUGAGGCAAAAAUGCAGAAGGAGAAACAGCAAACAAAAUUAAAGGCAGUUGACACUCAGCACUCUGUAGAAACCGUAAGUUGAAAGAACAGAUUUUGCAGGCUGAACAAACUUACAGCUCUGCACUGGAAGGAAUGAAGGUGGAAAUCUCCCAGCUAACUCAGGAGUUACAUCAGCGGGAUAUCACCAUUGCUUCUGCCAAGUGUUCUUCUUCAGACAUGGAAAAGCAGCUGAAAGCAGAGAUGCAGAAGGCAGAAGAGAAAGCUGUGGAGCAUAAG